CUGGCAUCCCCCUGUGGCUCGAGGGGCUUAGAAUACGGCCACGGUAUCCCCUGCCUGUCGUAAGAGGCGACUAAAAGGGGUCACACAAACACAUACACACCGAUUUAGACAAUUAAAAGUAUGGAAAUGUAAAAUUGAUGAUAGAUGGUGAGUGUAAGACAGAGCACAAAGAAAGAGAUAAGGUAAUUUAAAAAAUGCGCGGGGUUUGGUGAUGGCGGGGCUACCAGCACAUCCCCGAAGGCGUGUGGCCGGUAAAGUUCGUUGGGUAGAACGGGGACAGAUUAGUCCCCAAAAGCGCCAGCCCUUUAGGGGCGAAACGAGAUGGAAUGGAAUGGGGUCCCUGACACCCCUGGAUGAAAUCAGGCAUUCAGCCAUUUUAUAAUUAUCAUUUUCCUUGGAGGGACGCCGAGCGUGCUCGAGGGUGAGCAUAGCCUCGCCUGGGGGUGUCUGGGACCCCAAAAACGAUGACUCCAGAAGGAAGACAGUUUGGUGUUUAUCUGUAGUCACUAGUUUAGGCAUUUAUUCAUUCAGUCAAUGUAGGAUCAGUGAAAUUUUCAAUUAGAUAGAAUUUACAAUAAAUAGAAGCUUACAAAAGAUUAUAAAGUUCUUAGAUUUUAAACAUAAUUAAUACAUUGAAAUAAAUGGCUACCUUAGAGGAUAAAUCUAUCUGGGAAGAUGUGGAGGAGGCUCUGGGUGAGGAUGUUUUAAGAAUGUCUACUGAUGAAAUUGUGUCUCGUACACGUUUAUUAGACAAUGAAAUUAAAAUAAUGAAAAGUGAAGUAAUGAGAAUCUCUCAUGAACUUCAAGCACAAAAUGAUAAAAUCAAGGAAAAUACAGAAAAGAUUAAAGUAAAUAAAACUUUACCUUAUUUAGUAUCCAAUGUUAUAGAGCUGUUAGAUGUUGAUCCCCAAGAUAUGGGAGAAGAAGAUGGUGCAGUUGUUGAUUUAGAUGCGCAAAGAAAAGGAAAGUGUGCAGUUAUUAAAACCUCUACUCGACAGACAUACUUCUUACCUGUAAUUGGAUUAGUUGAUGCAGAAGCAUUAAAGCCAGGUGAUUUGGUAGGUGUCAAUAAGGACAGUUAUCUUGUUCUUGAAACAUUACCUGCUGAAUAUGAUGCAAGAGUGAAGGCUAUGGAGGUAGAUGAAAGACCUACAGAACAGUAUUCAGAUAUUGGUGGACUGGACAAACAAAUCCAGGAAUUAAUAGAGGCUGUUGUUUUACCUAUGACACACAAAGAGAAGUUUGAGAAUCUUGGUAUUCAACCCCCUAAAGGUGUCCUCUUGUAUGGACCACCAGGAACUGGCAAAACAUUAUUGGCUAGAGCUUGUGCUGCUCAAACGAAAUCCACAUUUUUAAAACUAGCAGGUCCACAACUUGUUCAGAUGUUUAUUGGAGAUGGUGCAAAAUUAGUCAGAGAUGCGUUUUCACUUGCUAAAGAGAAAGCACCUGCAAUUAUUUUCAUCGAUGAAUUAGAUGCAAUUGGUACAAAAAGAUUUGAUUCUGAGAAAGCUGGUGACAGAGAAGUACAACGUACUAUGUUAGAAUUGUUGAAUCAAUUAGAUGGAUUUAGUUCUACUGCUGAUAUCAAAGUAAUAGCAGCUACAAACAGAGUAGAUAUAUUAGAUCCGGCCUUGCUAAGGUCAGGUCGUUUGGAUAGAAAAAUUGAAUUUCCUCAUCCGAAUGAGGAAGCCAGAGCGCGUAUUAUGCAAAUUCAUUCGCGAAAAAUGAAUAUGUCACCGGAUGUUAAUUUUGAAGAACUGUCAAGAUCUACUGACGAUUUCAAUGGCGCUCAAUGUAAAGCCGUUUGUGUGGAAGCGGGUAUGAUAGCGUUAAGGCGUAACGCAACUGCAGUUACGCAUGAAGACUUAAUGGAAGCUAUAAACGAAGUUCAAGCGAAGAAGAAAGCAAAUCUUAAUUACUAUGCCUAAGAUUCUUUAUUCAAUGAUUUAUUUAUUAAGGUAUAUAUUCUAUAUUAAAUACAAGUAGAGACUGUAAUGAUAACAAACAAAAUUGAGUUUUAAUAAAAAGCUAAUAUUGUUUAUAAAA